AUGGACCACGAUGUAGUAGUACCUGUCAAAACCUCGCAAAGGAUUUUGGAGAGGAAACAAAGGCAGUUAGAGAAGGAACAAGAGGAAAAGAGAAAAGAAGUCAAGACGAUUGCUGAUGCACAGGAAUCGGAUAUCUGUCUAGGGUUGAACGAGCUUACCGAUGCGUUACAGGCGUUCCCGCAGGGGGUGAUCAGCUACUUCACGUUGCUGAAGGAAAUUGAGGCGAAAUGCAUAUACACGGUGCCUCAUUUGAUGGCGUACAUCAAGAGAUUUCUCGCAAUGAGGAAAGAUCAUCCCAAGCGGGGGCUGUUACUAUCCAGAAUACGUGAGUGUAUCAAGGAGUUAAUGCCGUGUUUAGAGGAGAAGAUGCAUGUGGCCACCAUAGCCAACGAUCUAGUGAGAAAGUACACGACAAGGUUGGACCAGGCCUAUGAUAUAAUAGUAACGAACGAAAUACCAGAGAUAGUCCGGAUUGGUCCAUUGUGGGAGCCAUGUAUGAAAGUCAGUGAGCCUAAGACCUUGCAACAACAGCGAAGUGAGAGUCGUCGGGAGGCCAUUGCUGCGAAAAGGGCGAAAAACGGUGACGAGGAGUAUGAGAGUGCCGUUGGUGAAGACUCCAUGGGGCCUUCAAAGAAGGGGGUCAAGGGUAAGAAAGAGAAGGUUUAUCAGAAUACCCAAUAUGCAGGCAACCCGCAUUCCAGCAAUGUGAAUGUGUUUCCUAACGGACGAAAGAGGAGAAACGGCGAUGUAGUCAAUGAAGACGAGUACGUAAAUGCAAAACAGGUAAAUAGCAAUGGGACAAGAAAUGUAUCGUCGUCUAACAAAAAGACCAAGGCGAUCAAGUCCAGUAAGGGGGUCAGAAAGGAAAGUGGUAAUGGCGGUAAUAAUGCGGCACCAUCUAAUGGGAAACGAAAAGGAGGUGGUGGCGCAACCGAUUAUGGUGACGGAGCAAAUGCUCGUCCUAAGACCAAGAAGGAGGAGAAGGUUGAGGAAGAAACUGGUUCUCGUGAGGCGUAUGAGGGAGAACCCGUUUACUGUUAUUGCCAACAGGUUUCUUAUGGAGAGAUGGUUGGUUGUGACGGAGAGCACUGUGAGAAGGAGUGGUUCCAUCUCCCAUGCACUGGUUUGAAGGAACCUCCAAAGGGAGAAUGGUACUGUGAUGAAUGUAAGGUCAAGCUAGGAAUAAAGCCAUAG